AUGAGCGACAAAAGCGUUACUCUCACUGCUCACCGAGCUUUGGCUCUUCCAGAAAUUGUGGGUGAAAUCCUCUUUUGGGUCGAAAGGGACACUAGAAACACCAGAAUAUGGCAUCUCGGACGUUGCUUACUGAACUGCGCCUUGGUAAACAAGACGUGGUGCCAUGAAGCGAUACGUAUCUUGUGGAGCGACAUGGAAGUACAUGGGAAAUCACUCAACGAGAUCAUGAUACCAAUCUCCCCCGACCGCCGCCAGAAUUAUGCCAACCUUGUGAAGAAGGCAGCGGUAUUAACAUACAGCGAGGCGACUGAAAAGAUAGUACAGCCAGCUUUGGAAAAUGUGAUCUUCCCGCAGUUACACACUUUACACCUUCUUCUAGUCUUUCGUGACUUGAGCACUGAGGAGUGUAUCCGCACCCUAAAUUUAAACAUACCCAAUCUCCGGACGCUUCACAUCAAUUAUUGGAUUGCACCCAUGUUUCUAUAUCCUGACCAAUGGGACUAUCUCACUGAGCGGAUUUCGGUGAUCUUUCCGGGGUUGCUAAAUGUUCGAAUUGAGAUGCCAGUGAUACUUUAUCUUUCAGGGUUUGAGGCUCUAUCUGAAAGCCUGCCGAACUUGGAAUCUAUCGAGUUUGAGGAUAUAGUGUCCCAGUGGGAGGAAACUGAUGUCGAGGAUUUGGACGAUGAGAGUGCGGAUGAAUUCUGA